AUGGAAAAGCCGCCGGAUGUAGCGUCGAAUUUGCAGGCAGAGCAGUGUGAGUUUCCAUCGUUGGGUCUGCAGAGGAGCAGUCCUCACCAAGAUUUUCAUCACUUCCAACAAAAAUCGAUGGCUAUUCACAAAAUUCUUAGACGGUCUUUAUCGGCUGAAAAGAGGACAAUUGAAGUUCCAAAGGGGCAUUUGGCUGUUUAUGUCGGGGAGAGUGAAAAGAAGCGAUUUGUUAUACCAUUAACGUAUUUGAAUGAUCCUUUGUUUCAAGAAUUGCUAUGCCAAACUGAAGAAGAAUUCGGAUUUCAUCAUCCAAUGGGCGGCCUCACUAUUUCUUGUAGUGAGGACUUAUUUAUUGAUCUCACCUCUCGCUUGAGCAGAGCUUGA